UUGCACACGAUCCAAUAUUUUUUGCAAUUUUGCAUUACUGAGAACAUGAGAUUCAGUAAAAAUCACGUACUUUAGUGUUCUAAUACAUGUUAAGUGACAAAAUGUUGGACAAGCACCUCGAAAUUCUAGAGGACACUGCAUUUACUCUUGUUGGAUCACGAAAUCAACAUUUUGAGGCAAUUCUACAUGUCCUCGAUAAAGGAAAUAGCCCAGGUGUUUCAAAACUUGAGAGAAUAUUGACAAUAUGUGUUCACGACCUGAAGAAAGACGCGCGGCACGCUGUGUUUUGCUUGAAUAUAAUCACUAAGAUUGUGACUAAACAUCAGACUGAACUACCUGUAUCAAAAUUAUCAUCUUCAGCGGAGACAGUUUUAAACUUUCUUCUAACUGCUGCAGCAUUGAACAGAGCAGAGUCACUGCAAACUAUUAGCUUCAACACCUUGCUCACAUACCCUGACAAUGUUCUGGCAGGGCUUGCAUCUGACUGCGAGGACAUAUAUGAACUGUUCAACUUAUAUUGCCAUCUUAAGAUGCCUGUGGAAAUCAGGUUCAAGCCCGUUAACCUAGCCCACAGAAUAAUGAUCAGCCUAACUCCGGAAAAAAAGUCCACAUUUGUGAAAAAAGGCCUAGCGGUAUGGUUUUCAAGAGUGAUUCCUAUUGCUAUGAAUUACUUCCAAAUUCAGACCAUAGGGACUACACCCAUGGUCAUAUCUAUCAUGGAACUGUUGGAAAUGUUGACUGAAGAACUUACAUCAAUUGACUACAGUAGUAAUCCUCAAUGGCAGACAGUUUUGGAAAAUAUUUACAGCCCUAAUGCAUAUCCAGCUCAAAUGAAAAACCUUUUAUCAAGUGGCAGUGUUUUGUGGCACCGGAUCUGGAUGAUCUUUAUCAGACUGCUCAAAGCUCAAAUAACUAUGAACAAACCUGGAGUAGGCAGCCCUAUCAACUCAAUGUUGCCAGUAGUCGAAAUGGCAUUCAAAAUGGACAUCAAGAGCAGAUGCAGAGCAUUUGAAUGUUGGAAUGUCUUAAUCGAUAACUUCUCAGCUGAGACUAAUGAGCUAUUUGUUAACAAAAGAAUAAAAUUACUUAUUAUACCAUUGAGAUCAAAUAAUGCUAAAGUUGAAGAAACAGCCCUUGCCAAACUUGACACCUGGUGGCAUCUUAUAAAACAGUAUGAAACCAGAGCAGACGAGAGGAUGCUGUAUCCAUUUUUACACUUUUGUUUCGGAAGACAUAUACCUGAGAAGACAGCUUUGGUACCUGGCAUGAUAUCACCGGCAGUUAAAAAAAAUUGUGUUGAAGCAUUUGUUGAAAUGGUUGGGCAUGUAAACUGUGAGGGCUGCGUUUCAAGACCUAGAUUGAAGAGUAAAAUAAUCAGCCCUAAAGUAUUAGUAGAUCAUUGGAGCGACUGGACACAUUCACUGAAGAUGGCGAUAAAAGUAUCCAUAGAAGAAGAUGUUGGGAUCGGAAAACAGUCAAUCAUAUGCGCUUGGAAGUCAUUUGUGAUGACCUUAGCUGAAAUGCCAGAAAACAAUAUACGAAAAGAUCUUUUUAAUGACCUUUUGACCAUUACAAAAUUACUUGCACAGGAGAGCUCAAAUAAUAGUAAGCUUGCAGACAUAGUAAACAAUGUCCUCUUUUCUUCACUUCUCGAGGAAACCCCACUGAAGCAGCUCCUCAAAACCAAUGAGUUUCAAGGUGGACCAAUACAAAUAAUUCUCUCCAUUCUAACAGAUUCCACAUUUGUUGAGACCUGUAAACAGCAUAACAACCAAGAUUUACUCACAAAUCUAAAGCUAAUAACCGAAUUUCUGAUACUGGAGUGCGGACAUCUAGAAGACAAGGCGAUAAAAUGGCUGAUCAAAGACGUACCACCUCACGAUGGCUCACUACAGCUAUGGACAGCUCUCGCAAAAGCCUUGAAAGUUGAGUCGAGGCAGGAGUUGCAGCAGAUGAGUAAUCUACUGCUAUGGCCGCUGUUGAACUUGGAUUAUUUUAUUAAUGUCGAGGCAGCUGCAUUGACAUGGAACAACUUGUACUGCGUAAUGCACAUAACGACGAUGCAAGCCAUCUUUUUCCACAUGGAAAUAGACCGAAUAAUCACGGAAAACUUUAAUAAGGGACCCAAGGCGACGUUCUUCGUUCUAUGCGUCUUACUGGCUGUCAUUAAGAUUAAAAUCAUCACGAGGACAUACGAUGGAAUAAACAAAGAAGUUAAGAUGUUACAGGACGUAAUGUGUAAAUACAAUGACUAUGAAGAAAUCAAAGAAGUAUUCCCAGUACUGAUUGAUACGGUGGACCUACUAUCGACAGCUGCCACAAAUGAGCGUAUGGUCGGGGAAUAUAUCCAAGAAAUCUUUGUAAUUGGAAGGAAAGCAUUGAACAUCAUGCUUAAAUAUUUUAAACGAGGCGAUUCAACUGGAGAGGUGCUUCUGGUGAAAGUUAUUGACGCUUUUGAACAUCUUUUCAAAACUGAAGGUGGAAGUGAAUUCAAAAUCAUUUUACUGGACGAGUUACUUGUGUGUCGAACUUUGUUUACUACAAUACCUGCCAAUUUGGAUGCUGUGUUAAAACUUAUUAUGGCAGACGAGGGUAUUGAUGAAUCGGUGAGAGCCAAAAUUAAGGCGUCUUUUGAAACUAAUAAUGAAGCCAAGGACUCAAACAACAAAGUUUCAAAACCUGAAGGUCAGGAUGAAAAGAAGUUUACAACGCCUGUAACAAAAAGCACUAAAAAGGAGCCAAAAAAGAAAGAAGCUAGUAUCAUAAACACAGUAGUGGAAAAUGGUGAAGAAUUUGCGGUAAUCAAGUCUAAUUGGAAGUUCAAUCCUCGAAAACUUACGGAAAAUCAAAAAGAAAAACUGAAAAGGAAAAGAGAAGAUAUUCCAGCUUUGUAUCAGGACUUAUCACAAUCACAGGAUGAAUUUAAGCUUAAAUCUUGGAAAACAGAUUCUCAAGAUGCAUCAACGACAAAUAGUAGAUCAGCUAGUACACCAUCUAAUGAUAAUAUUUCAACUAUCAAAAACAUGCCUGGUACUGAUAUAGUCCCUAAAAUAAUUGAUAAUUUUUUCUCUGACACUCCUAAGACCACAGAAAAGAACGAAAAUAAACAAACAGAUAGCCCAAAACAGAACAAAGUUGACCAAACAAAGUCUUCUCCGGCAGUGAAAACACCGCGAAUGGCUUUGAAAGACAGAAUUUUUCGUAAUGUUAGAAAUUUGAUGGAAAAUUCCACUGUACCAAAGGAUGGAUCAACGAACGCCGAUUUGUUAAAUCAAACAGUUAAUACCAACACAUGUAGUACGCCAGUAUCGAAAUGUUUAGAAACUAAAAAUCUAGUUAACUCGGCACCAUCACAAAUAAAUCCUGACCGGCCGGCUCGUGUCAAGAGAAAACCGAAAAAGUUUGACGACUCAGAAGUUUUCUUACAAAAGAAAAGACGCAACUCUACUGCUCAAAACGAGUCACAAUCACUAGACAAAAAUGAUGUGUUAGAAAGUGUAAAUAACAUAAUAGAGCAAAAGAAUGAAGAUAUAAAUGAGAAGCAAAAGAAAGAAGAUAUAAAUGGGAAGCAAAAUAAUGAAGAUAUAAAUGAGGAGCAGAAGAAUGAAGAUAUAAAUGAGACUCUUAAAGAUGCGACAGCUUCAGUAAACAACAUUGAAAUGAAUGUCGGCGAAGUCAGAAAAUCGCCUGUGAAUGAAAACGCCAACGACAAAGAAGCGCCCAUUAAUGACAACGAAAUUGUGACUAACGUUGAAAAAGUUGACACAGAAAAAGAUACAGUACCAGCAAAAGUAUCCCCAUCGCCCACCAAUAAGCCUGUUGAUAAACAUCCGGAAAAUUACAAUGGUUCCAAAGCAAAUCUUGAAGACACUGAGAAAUGUUCACAAAGCGACACAUCUAUCGACAAAUCCAUAGAAGAAACACAGCAGCCUGAACCAAAAAAAGAUUCAUCGCUUGGUAAUACAUCCACCCCAAAAAAUAUUACUAAGAAAAAAGAUUCUGGCGAGACGAAGUCAACUUCCAAAAAGAAGUCGAGAAUUGAAAAAGAACUGGCCAUAGAUAUGGUAGAGGGUCAUCCAUUUUUAAAACUACAAUCAGAUAAACGAGUAACAAGAAAAGGUUUAACAGAGUCACCAGUCGGUGGUCGCAAAAUGCGUUUAGCCGAUAAACUAAACAAAUCAAAAACUGAACCAAAGAGUGCUACAAAAACUGAGCCAAAGAGUGCUACGAAAACGAAAAAAGGUUCAAGCAAUACAGAAGUUUCAAAAGAGAAGACCAGAAAAAAUGCCAGUGAUACGUCAAAAUCGCCUGUUACAGUUUGCGAAACACAGGAUAUUAGCCCUGAUGCUACACAAGAUCUUUCUGAAGAUUUCAUUGAGAGCUCUCAAGAUACGAACACAACAAUAUCAGUCAAAUCAUUCAGAAGGUGUGCUGAUAAACCAUCUAGUAGUUCAGAAAGCAUCGAUAAAACUGUUUCAGAGACACAAGAUUUAGUUGACAAAUCUUCCCAAGAAAUAAAUACAAGCGCUGACGUCAUAAUGUCUCAAGACAUUAAAGAUGACACCGAAUUACCUGCCAACAAGACUGACGUCCAAAACAAUGUUAUAAUGGAUUUGACAGAGGAAAUGGACACAGAGCCGGUACGCUCUGGAGAUGUAAUAAUUAUCAAUGACGACGAUCCUGUAAUUGAUUUAAAUACCGAAUGUGAGCCAGGUCCAGGACCUGAUACACUUGAACUUGCAAAUGCGGAUACACAACCUACAGAUCCCUCCCAAUUUGUAAAUGAAACAAAUGCAUCCAUUGAAAUGAGUCAGAGUGUUAUACCAGAGAACAAAGAUAAUAAUGAGAAAACGGUUUCAAAUGUUGAUAAGAGCCAGCUUACUACCACUGCCGAUGACAGAACCGUAACCCUUAUUGAUAUAACUCAAAAUGAAGAAACAGGCGCUUCGUCUCCUUCCAUUGACGCUGACCAAAGAAAAAAAGAUUUCUUAAACAAUACUUCAGAAAUUUCUCCUAUAAAAGCCUUAAGCCCAAUAGAACCUAAGUCGCCUGUAUCUGAAAACAGCAACGAUUUCCUGGUAAUAAAACUGUCUGGACCGGUACAAAUAAACGGCGAACCCGUAGAAACAGCCAAUUCACCUGAAAUAUUUACAGAAGAAAAAAAUUCACCAGACAAACGCGAUCAAUCUCCUCCCCGACCAGAGGCCACGGUUACUAACAGUAGUCCUAGUUCUUCACUAUCUCUGAAGAAAAAUCGGCCUCAAGUACGCAGUGGUGGUCGUGCGGCGCAAAUGUUAGGCCUCUGCGUACCGGACAGAUUACAGACAAUAAAGCAUGUUGAAAGACCUGAAACUGAAGAACCUAAGAAAAGCAGUCCUGUGAGUACUCCAGCUCGUAGGAACCUAAGAAUGUUAUACCAAACAGCUCAAUCGACAGAUAGCGGAAGUUCCGAUGAAAAAGAAGAAACAGACAAUUUCCUGAAAUUUAGAAAAGCUUUGCCCAGUGCCGAUAGCAGUCCUGCUGGACCCAUUCUGAAAAGAAAGCUUGCUGAUAUUGCUGACGAGACCACAGUGUCACCAGCGAAUAAGAGGAAACGAGUCAGUUUUCAUGACCCAGUGUCGACGUCUGUGUCUGUUCAGAAGUAUAUAGAGACAUGUGGAGUACGAUCACCUCAGAGCUCAGCACUUAAACGGCUGGAGCGGCAUUUACGCCACCAGUCUCCAAAGAAACUUGAUAGUAUGUUUAAACUCGACACUGCACUAACUACAACGAUUGAAAGUUUCGGCAAUGAACCUUCCAGUAGUAAUGACACAGAAUUGAGCUCUCUAGAACAGACCCCUGCCGCAGAAAUAGUUAAAACUAGUGAAUUGAAUGACACAGAUCCAAUAUUCCCAGAUCUCAUAAAUUGUAAGGAUUCUAUAGACAACAUCGCUUCAGAACUAUCGUCGCCUGGAAUGAAGGACCUAUUUGUAAAAGAACUUGGAGGGAUUGAAACUGUGGGUGAUUUCGCGAAGUUGACUGAACUUGAUGUACAUAGAACUUGCAUCAAAGCUCCUAAAGUACAAGUGGCCAAAAAAGUAUUAGAAGAUUAUGCAUCCAAAAAAGAUAAAAUGUUGAAAGCUAAUAAAUCAGUGGAACCUACCGCAAACAAAGAACUUACAGUAACAGUGUCUGUUAGAAAAUCUGGAAGAGAUGAAGUAAUGGAGGUAGAUAAAAUAGCCGAAGCUACUGUGAGUACAGAUGUCACAGUAACGACAAGGCGAACUAGAAAAAAUGACUUAGUGUCAGGGGAUAAAGCUAGCGAUCUGAAAGAAAAAGUUACUGAACCUGAACCCAUUAAAAUAACUAAAAAACAAGUCGCUAAGAAAUCGCCUAAAAAGGACAAGAAAAUGGAAGUGGAAGAAUUGGUUGAUCUAUCAAGGGACACUGAGGAUAAAAUUAACGGAACUGCUGCUAAAGUGCCUAAAUUGGUUUUGACUAAAGUAGAUAAAAUAAUGGAAGUGGAUGAACCAGUGAAGCAAACUGUAAAUGUAGAUCUUAAAGUCGCAACAAGUGUUGGAAUACAAACUAAUAUAUUGAUGUGCGAAACUGAAACCCAAACGUCAUUGAUAUUGCAAAGAAUCUCGUCAACUCAAACUGACGAAGUAACCAUGAAGCAAAUAAGUUCACAGACAAUUGAGUCAGGCAGCAAAUCUACUGAAGAUAUUAUAUCAUCAUGUAUCAAAGAUAAAAAAGACUUCAUCUCAAAAUUAGGAGAACAAUUAGAAAACGUAUCGAAACUGAAGCUGGCAGAAUCUCUACCUGUAAAAGACUGCACGGACUUGCUUGUGAAGAAAAUGACAAAUUCGGAUGCCAACAUUGUUUUGAACAGUGUGAUCCAGCGAGGUUGUGAAUUGCAUGCAAAUGGACAGAGCGGAAACAAAGAAUUGUCGUAUCUGCAAAAUUAUCUGUGUGACAAGUUUGAUGUUAAAGACUUGAUACUAUUUUGUAGUCAGAUGAUGCAAAAAGUGUAUGACAAGAGUAUUGCUGAUAAACAUGUGUGAAAUGUCACCAGUUUCAAAAGUAGGUUCCUUUUGAUUUUAUUUUAGUUGUCUCACAGUAGAAAAAGAUGACGAAGAUAUUAUAGAAUCGGUUCCAAAUAAGUUGGUAACGAUUUUGAUACCUUUACAAGGGUUCAUAAACGUUUUAAUAAUAGAACUACCGUGAGACACCUCGUUACGGAGCGAAACAUGUCGAGCUACCUUCGAUAAUUUUACGUGAGUUACCCGAUUUAACAUGUUUAAUAGGUUCAUAAACAUCAUAAUUUCAUCAAAGUUUGAAGAUUAAAAUAACAUUUGCACCCGCUCGGCUGUCAAAUCAUUGCUAACUUAUUUUGGAGUAACCUUCGGCAAGGCUGUCAAAUCAUUGCCAGCUUAUUUUGGAGUGACCUUAACUUUGCAUUUUGUGACAAAUUUAUUUAUACGAGAUUUACUGUAUCCGUUUUUAAAUCGACAUAAUUGAUUAACUAUACUUAUCAUAGUUAGUGUACAUAUUUUAGAAUUGGACUGAAUUAGAAACUAGUUUUGGUAUAAGCAAUAGUGCCUUUUUGCGCUUUAGUGAUUUAAAAACACUUGAAUGUGCUCAUUUGUAUUGUUUCACUUGCCCAGUUCUUUUGUGGCAUUUGGGACAGCGAGAUUGUUUAGUAUGUGUAUAUAUACUAUAUUGUUAGGCGACAUAUAAAAUUCACUAACUGGAUAACAGUGCCAACAUACUCGUAGGAAUAAUUCUUGUUGAUCAUAAUGAUUAUGAUUUUGUAGUUGGUGAAUUUUGUUGUCAUCUGACGAUAUAUAGAAUUAGAUUCAGGCUAUAUAUGAUUUGUAGGGAAAAAUAAGGCGCGGUAUAUCAAACAUACUUGUAUUUCUAUAUAAGAGUAUGUACAGUAUUGUAUAAUAUUGUAGCCAAAGUGCAAAAUAUAUCGUAAAAUACCUUUGUUAAAAUAAAGAUGUAAGGUCAAUCGGGAUAUUUACAUUUGAUGGGAUAACUGCGUCUUUUUAAGAUCUUUUGUAAACGAAAUAUAUGAGAAUUAUGAUCGUCAUAUAAAUUGAAAGUUUUGGUGACUAUGGAGAGGGUUGUAAUAUUUAUCAAAAGAAGACAUCUUCAAAAGACGCGUGUAAUCCACCAGAUCCAAAAACCCCGGUUGACCUUGCGUUCCAAUAUAUUUGGCGCUUUGGCUGUCACGAAAUAUUCGAUGAUCACUGUACUUGAGACAUGAUUCAUACGAAGGUGUCAUCAAAUACAACCGUGCCUUUCAUCUGUCAAGUGUGAUGACAUGAAUGUUCGUGACUUGCUGUUCUAAGUACAGGUUAGACAUACUUCUAAGUAGUUUUCCAAUAAAAAUCAUCAGAAUGUAUGGAUUACAUUGGAUUGUCAGAUGAGACUAACGCGAUAACUUAAGUUAUUUAAAUUACGUUAGACUUAUUUGUAAGUAUUUUUAUAAUGAAAAAUAAAACAUCAACAGAUUAUCAAAACUAGUUUUAUUCAAUAUAAAACAUGUCAAUAAUAUUUACAAUAUAUUCAGUCAUGUUGACCGCGAGCGAUCACAUUAGGCAUAGGACAGGACUACGAUUAGGGGUCGUGCCUACUAAUAAGUUAUCGUAAAUAGUAUUGAAGUGCAAGUUUGCUGUGCCUGUACUAUUGUUUUAUGAUCAUUCAUAGUUUGAACAAUAACAAGUAAUUAUGCUUAGAAUAAAUUUAAAAGUGGAAAAUGUCUGCCUUGGGUGAGACUUGAACUCACGGCAACUGGAUCGAUACUCCAGCGCUCUGCCAACUGAGCCAUCAAGACUUCAACCAAGCCAGCGAAGUU